AUGUUUUCUCCCUCCAUGAACGAGGGCGGGCCGGCUACGGCUACGCGAAGCAGAAGAAGACAGCGACCGGCCAGCAAUGAAAGUCUCGCACAGCAACCCAAGGCGAAGCGCCAACGCGUUCCCUUGACCGAGCAGACCUUCGUCAAUCCUGAUGUGUCCGCGCCUACGGGCCCCGAGAUGUACGAGGUCAAGUCUGACAAGGUUGCGACGCUCGACGUGCGGCAAGACGGCAUCGAGAACCAGAACCCCAUCACACCUACCCCGAGAAAAGAGCUCAGCGUGCGCGCGAAAAAGCCUAAAGGAGGAGAUAGGCCAACCAAGGGUGAUGGAAGCGUUGUUUUGGUAGGUUCAAAUGCGUUCGCGUUACCCCCCGCCAAGCUAACGAUUAUCCGCCAGACGACGAACAAUGCUUACACCGUGAGCAAACUGCCCGCGCUGCCAGACCGUAUCCGCGCAGAUGCUUCAGCCCAGCAACACGGCGACAUCUUCUCGAACCGCUACGCCCUCAGUCUCAGCCAUACUCACGCGAUUGUUUGGCCGUACACGGACCCUUCUCAAUCCCCCGAGACAUUCACCUUUACCCUUCCGUAUCCUUCGAAACAUUCAUCAGAGCCUCUCCCGCUGGGUUGUCUGGUGUCGCCAUCAGCUUCGUCGACCGAACCCGGCCUGGUUGUUGUUAUGCCCGUCAGUGGUAAGAUCGCGUACUGGGAAUCCAUCACAAGUGCCGCGACUUUAGACUUUAUCCGUCAACAGCGACAUGGCGUAGAGGGCUCAAUAUCGGGCAUGUUCUCUGGCGAGAAGGUUAUUCAAAUCGCCAACGCCGAGUCCGCCGGCUUCGUUCUGGCGUUUAGCAGCGGCCGACUGGCCUACAUGAGCGUCCGAGACGGCCACGGCAGACCCAUGAUUUCGGUUCAAUUUCUCCGUACGAGCCUGGGAUCUACGAAUGGUGGAAUUUUUGGCAGCAUCCGCCAUGCUUUGACACAAACUUCCGGGCGGGGAGACAUCGCCGCUGUUCGAGCGGAGCGCACUUCUCGAGUCGGCGAACGGAACGUCGUGGCUGCUACCCUCAAGGGCAGGCUGCACGCCUGGAAGAUUCAUCGUGGAGGACAUCAUGAGACCAUUGUGGAGGCAGACAUGCAAGAAGAGAUCGUCGAGGCCAUCCGUGAAGUUGACCCCUCAGCAACCGACUUCCAUCCCGAGACUUUCGAAGUUGUUGACUUCGCUUUCGUGCCUAAGGGUUUGGAAGAGAAGUACCGGGAGAUGAGCAGGCUUAGCGACGCCAUGGCUUCAGCCGACGUCAACUUGCAGCAUCUACUGCUGCUCGUCAGCCUCACCAGAAAGAAGGAGUCGCAUUACUCUUUGGUGGAGGUCAUUAUGUCGCCAGCUUCAGCGCAGGUCGGUAUGGUCCGUCCUAUUUCCUCCUACAAGACACGCUUCAGCCCUGCGAAUCCAGUACAAUCCACCCGGCCUCGUCUGCAUCUUCCUCGGCCAGCUCUUGUGGCAUUCCUCAUCUUCGACAAGGCUGUGGUUUUGGCAUCUAUUGGUGUUCCUCCGGAGUCGCCAGACGCCCAACUCCAGGAGGACAACCACAUCAUUCCUCCUACCUACGAAGAUGUGAUCAACUUUUCCGACAACAACCAGUCAGAGAUUCUUGGAUCGGGUUUCGAGGAGCCGCAGACGGCCAGCGGCGGCCACGAUGAGUCCAGAAGUCGCCAAAAGACGAAGAACCCAGCAGUCGUUUUGAUGGUCCGCGGUACGGGCAUUGUACGACUUACGACGACAGAUAUCGACAGAUUUGGCAGUGACAAACCCCCCAAAGUCACACCAAAGAGCAAGCUUGAACAGGCCGUCUUUUUUGGCAACAAGCAAGAUACCCCUUUGAUUUUCGAUGUCAGGAAAGGUGUUCAAUUCUCGGACCAGGAAAUGGCGGAAGCUGCGCUGCAGCUUAGCCAAGAAAUCAUGAGCUCCUCAACAUCGCACAUCUCAUCACUGCCGGCAUCUUUGGAAGACAACCUUAGCACUCGCUGCCUCGCUCUUGAGCGGUUGAUGCUGCACCUAAAGACAACCAAGGUCAACUUGGGCCGUCGUACUCGGUGGCUAUUGCUUUCCCACGCCGAGAAGAUGAUGGUUUCAACGGUUCUCUGGAAGCGCCACGAGGCCUUUACGAAUGAACGACCUGCCAACGACAAGAAGGAUCUGAUUGCGGAGAUUGUCGAGUUCAUCCACCAGGACGAGAAGACUAACCCCAACCGUAGCGCAGGAGAAGUCGACCGUGUGAGACACUGGUUUGUUCAUGACGUUGGCAGGCUCGAGAUCUUCAUUGCCUGGGCCUACGAAGUGAUCAAGUAUAUUUAUAAGGAUCACAUCAUGGACGACGUUCACAUUACUCGUCUCAUGUACGAGGCUCAGCAGGUGAACCUAGUUGCUCUCAUGACGGCUCUGGAAUACCGGCAAAGGAAGCUUUCAUUCUACGGACUCGAGGAUGAGGAGCUGGAUUUCGGCAUUGUGCGCGAGAACUACGACGACCUCCCUGAACCCUGGACUGGGUGUCACUACAUUGGCAACAAUUUGAAGCGUCUCCUCGAGCUUUGUCACACGUGGCUCGACCAGUACUACCCCCCGAAGGAAAAGAUCAAGGACAAAUCGAAGCAACCGGACCCCGUGCUUCUCGAGAAGAUCAACUCGGAGAUCGCUAACCUCACUGACCUGUAUCUUGUUUCACUUCUCGAGGCGUCUCGCUGGAACGCCGCGCAGCAGGAUGCGAAGGCUCAGAAGUGGUCGGACCAUCUUGCAAAGCUCUACGACACGGACCGCAACGACAAGGUUCUUGCACUUCUCCGCCUAGGCAAGUGGGACGAGAGCAUUAGCAUUGCCGAGAAACACCGAUGCUGGAAAGCGUUGGCUCUAGCCAUGAUUGAGCAGAUCAAUAGCCUUAGGAGCGAGGCGACUGUGUCAAGAUCGCAAGCCGAUGCUCGUGAACUCACCAAAAAGGCCGAGGCGAAGGAGAAGCGGAUUGGCGAUUACUUCGACAAGUAUGGCGAGGCCUUUGCCUUCCCCACGUACGACAUUUUGCUAGACAACGCCGGCGUCCAGGCUGUACUGGAUUUCCAAUACGACAACCACGGGUUCAGGACGAAGUUCCUCAGACAAAAGCCUGAACUCGCCAAGAUUUCCUGGAUCAACGAUAUCCAAGGCGAGGACGACAUGAAUCACGCAGCAGAGACGCUUCUUGAUCUGGGCCUCACCCGUGAGCAGCAAGUUUGGAACAAGAAGAUUGAGCUGAGUCUUGGAAAGCUUACGCUCAUGGCCGAAUCGCAAAAGCCUCCUUCAUCCGAUCUCUUCGGAUUCAAGCGUACCAAGACCGAGGUUGAGGAACUCUCUGAAGAUCAGAUUGAAGCCAUCGACAACCAGCUGGGUCUCAUUAAGAUUCAAGACGAGCUCUAUGCUCAAGUCUUCCCUUCUGUUCAAACGGCUGUGGACGAAAGCGCAGAGCUGCAACUGGCCAUGGAGAACCACUGCCUGCACAUCCCGAAGAAGCAGAAGGCACUGAUUCAACUCUUCGAGAACAGCAUGAGACGGCUCCUCAGACAUGAAGCUCUGGAUGUCAUGUCUCUCAUUGAUCUGCUCACGCUCAUCAGCCUCUCGCCUGAGACUGCUGCUGACAUUGCCGAUCCAUUCUACCUUGCUCUGGUGGCAGCCUCGUACGCUCUCCAGGGUGAGGAGUUGAAGAUGGCCAAGCGUCUCAUCUGGAGACGCUGUUUCAUUCGUGACGACUGGACAAAGCUGAACGACACUCAGUUGAAGGACGACUCUGUUGUUGAGGAAAAGCUCGCCCGCACCACGUUGUUCAGUGCCUUCAUUUCCUGCUACCAAUACCGUACGCUUUCACGGCCCCCAGCCUACACAUGUUCAUACACUGAUUCUGUCACAGAGACGCUUGAUGAUCCCUUCCAGCCAACCCGACCAUCGGACGCGCUGGGCGCUUACGUCGAGGACCUCGACAGCCGCUUCGCCUCCAUGGAGAAGUCCUACAGGGACAAGCUCCUGGAUGCGAUGAAGUGGGAGGACUCUAUCUUGCGCAAGUACAUCGACAAGGCGCGUCUCGAAGAGUGGACUCGCACGACGGCCGAGACGGCCGAGGCUACCGUCGCGCAGUCGGUGGACGAGGCGACGAGGGCCGCCACGGAGGAGGCAUCGGAUGAGUUCACGAACGGAAAGGCAAAUGGCGUGCACUAG